AUGGAUCCUCAUAUAUUGCCUUGCAGUCAUUCUUUUUGUUUAACCCCCUGCAUAGCUGUCAAUGACAGAGCUACUGAGGUGACUUGUCCCAUCUGUGGAUUAAAAUGCAGUGUUAAAAACCUCAUCCCCGACACAGAUCGUUGUGCAAGUGCUAAUGCGUACUUGCUUAGGGAGAGCCUGUCUCUCCAAUCGCCAGUUUACUCAACCCCUGAGAACCGUCAAGACGAUAACAACUCAUCAUUCCCAAGAUGGAGAAAACUCGCAGACACCUUUUCUCAACUGCCCCGAAGUUCAUCAAGGUCUUCCACCUCCAGCCUCCCCCUUCCAAUUUCACAACCGCAAGAAUGCCAGCUAUGCCAUUCAAUGGUUUUCGGUCUUCAGUACUGUUCCGCUCUUAAAUUGUCCAUUUGUGCUGAGUGUCGAGGCAGAAAAUUCAAUGAGUUAGCUCUUGCACAUCUGGGCAAAAUACAGGAAAUUAAACGUUUCGACCAAUCUCUGGUUCGCUUGGAGGAGAGCUUGCGCAGAAAAGAAUCGUCAAGUUCACCUACAAUUGAAAGAGAGCUUGACGCAGCAAUCAGCCAUUUGUUCAAAAAAUUGGAGGAAUCUCGCAUUAGAUCGGAAAGAGAGGUUCAAUCGCAUGACGCGGAAACUGACACUUUGCUGCGAGAAUUGCAUACACAAUUGAGCGCAAUUUCACCUCGAAUCCAACAGCUUCCACUUCUAAUAGAAGAACUUGAAAGAAAUGGAGAGGGGAUGGAUAAGUGGCUGGAAGUGAAAAAUCAAUUGCAAAAAAUGUCAGAAACAAUGGGCCAAUUGAAAGAGGGCAUUAAACUGUGUGGAAAGGAGAAAUAUGUACUUAAUCCAGAUGGCCAAUAUCAGGAUUUACCAUCAAGGCGAACCUCGAAUAUUGGUGACCUAUUUUCAUGA